AUGUUCAUGCUGGAGGGAUUGUACGAGUCUGUGUACGAUGCGAGGUGGAGCCAUGUCAUGGAAGUAUCCGACGACACAGAAAUGGGAAUGAAGGUGAAGGAGGGGGAACCACCGCAGUCAUGGAAUUACAAGGCAGUUGGCCGAACUCUCGAAAAGGAUGACGGUGUGCAGCAAUCCGGUGAAGCACCUCCCAGGCUGAUGGUUCUCACCUCGGACAAGGGAUGGCCGUACACGCUGAAUGCGCCGCAUGGAUGUGGUAAUGACUUGUGUGUUAACUGUGAGGUGGAGCGAGUGUGGCAGAUCGUCAAGGGCGAUCUAACCAAGUGGUUCAGCAAUUUUCAUUUGACUUUCAAUCCUUCACCCAGGCGGCGUCUGUUGAUUGGGACGCCCGGGAUUGGGAAGUCAAUGAAUGCCGGUUCUUACCUCCUCUACCAGCUGCUGCACUGCGAUGUGGCGAAACUCCAAGUGGUUGUCCACUGUUUUGGAGAGGAUGCGUACGUCUUUGACAAGACCACCAAAACCGUGACACAAUACGUGGGUAACAAAAUAUCGAAGAAUGUUUUGGGUGGUUUGAGGCAGCGUGGGAUGAAAGGGUAUAUUAUUUACGAUGUGGCAAAGGAAGGAACGCCGCCCGACACAGGUUUUGCGCCCUCCACCGGAUGGGGCAUGAUUGUGGUGUCAUCCCCAGAGGUAAGCAACUAUGAUGAAUGGGAGACGCAACUAAAAGCCAGUCGAAUCAUCAUGAAUUGCCCCGACGAGGUGGAUGUGAAGGCGAUGUGUGCGUGGAUGAAGCGAGGUCUGGAACCAGAUAAGCAAGCGGAAUACUGGAGGAUGGUUGAAAAACACAUGGAAAAAGUGGGGCCGAUUCCACGUCACAUCUUUGAUGAGGAUGAUUAUAUUGAUCGCAUGAGUGCCGUUGAUGAUGCCUUGUUAUCGAUCAAACCUACUGAUGUUGGAGAGCACUUUACCCUGAGAGGAAGUAAGCUAUGGUAUUCCGAGGAUCCGUCUCACAAACUUCUGAAGGUUGUCCGGGAAAUAACAGAAAAGGGUGCUGA